AUGAACAAGGAGAGGAGGGGGAAGGAGGUGGCAGGGCUAGAGGGGAGGGUACUGGUCGACGGCUUCAAGUAUGCAGACAAGCAGGUAGAGGCCUUCUUUCUCUCCCACUUCCAUGGCGAUCACUACGACGGCCUCUCGGAGAACUUCGAUGGUCCCGGGAGGAUCUACUGUACCAAGACUACAGGGGACCUGGUGGUUCAAGAGCUGAAGGUCAGGAAGGAACUGGUCGUGUGCUAUGAGUAUGGAGAAUCUGCGCAUGUAUGUGGAGCUAAGGUCACCUUCCUGGACGCGAAUCAUUGUCCAGGAGCUGCGCUUUUGCUAUUUGAGUUGGAAGACGGUACGGUUCACUUACACACAGGGGACAUGCGAUAUGACAAGAAGAUGAAGGAGUAUCCUGAGCUUGUCUGUAGGAGAGGGCUCAUCGACCGCGUGUACUUGGAUACUACUUACUGCCAUCCCAAGCACGUGUUUCCUGGACAAGACAAGUCCAUCGACAUCAUUGCGUCAGACCAAGAAGCAAUCGAUGGAGCACAAGAGAAUCGAGAUGGAGAUGAUCCAAGUCGUCGUCUUGUUCUUCUCAGUGCAUACAAGAUUGGCAAAGAGCGCGUGAUAUGCGAGGUUGCUCGAAGAGCCAAGGCGAAAGUUUACGUCGAUGAAGCCAAAAUGCGUGUGAUGAGAUGUUUGAGAAUGUCUGAAGAAGAUCUCUCUGUCUUCACCUGCAACAUGAGGGAGAGUCAAAUUCACAUCUGCAGGAUGGGAUUUGCGGGGGAUAUUUGGCCAUUUUUCCGUCCAAACUUUGUGAAUAUCGAGCGGUACAUCAAAGACAACGAUCUUCCCUUCACUUCCUGCAUGGCAUUCAUUCCCACGGGUUGGGCUGAUAGCAGCAACUACAACAAGAAGAAUUCGUUGCAAUUCAAGGGGAACUUUUCUGUCAAGUGUGUCCCAUACAGCGAGCACUCAAAUUACAAUGAACUCGUCGAAUUUGUUGAAUUCCUAAGACCGAGGAACGUGUUCCCAACCGUCUUCACUGAUGAGAAGGUGAGAAGAGGAGGAGGAAUCGCCUGCUGGUUCUCCUUAUAUCUUCUCAGGCACGCCGGACAAUGA